UUUUUUUUGUUUUUUAUAUCCUAAACAUAUUUGCUUACUACUAGCGUAAAAACAUGUAGUGUUGAAUUUACAGUAUGCCAUAAAUCUGGAAACAUUUGCAAUUCCAUGUUUACACGACUCUGAGAACAAAUACACACUUACGCGUGUCCGAAAAAACCAUUGGAUUCUAGGAAACAGCAGUUCUUUGAGGCAUUUCACCAAGCAACUUGUGGGCGAUUGUGUUAUUAUUUGAGUUUUUGACCAAUUUGGUUUACAUUCGAUUAAACCAAUUCCGGUAUGUUUUGAACCGACCGAAAUUGAACUGGUUCGGUUGAUAAGUUGCGGGAAUUCAUUUGAGCUCAUGCCAUGGCUCUCCAUAGGGUUUACAGAGAGUGAGUGAGUGAGUGAGAGUUGGUAAAAGGAACGAUUUUGAGCUGAAGAUGAUGAUGAUGUUGAUGAUACGGAGACGGAGGAGUCCGAAAGCUUUCAAAUUUGUUCAUCCCCGUUUACCUGAGACAGGUUCCUGGAGUUCUUCUUCAUUCUUUUAUCUCUGUGAGAGAGACUUUUCUGGUGUCAGCAGCGAUGGCGAUAGGAAACUCUCGUAUAGAGAGAUGUUAAAGAAUGGGAUUAGCGAUAUCAAGAAGGAUGAUGCUGUUGAUCUGUUCCAAUCCAUGAUUCGGUCUCGUCCUCUUCCUAAUAUCAUAGAUUUCAGCAGAUUGUUUAGUGGCAUUGCCAAAACGAAACAGUAUGAUCUCGUGUUAGCUCUCUGCAAGCAGAUGGAAUUAAAUGGGGUUGCGCAUAACCUCUACACACUGACUAUUAUGAUCAAUUGCUUCUGCCGGCGCCGUAAUCUCGGUUUUGCGUCUUCUGUUUUGGGAAAGAUGUUGAAACUUGGGUAUGAGCCUGACACAACCACAUUUAACACACUCCUCAAUGGAUUAUGCCUCGUGGGUAGAGUCUCUGAAGCUGUGGAAUUAGUUGAUCGAAUGGUAGAGACGGAACAUAUGCCCAAUCUCAUUACGCUUAGCACUCUUGUCAAUGGACUUUGUCUCAAAGGUAAUGUGUCUGAAGCGGUUGAGUUAAUCGAUCGAAUGGUGGAAAAUGGGUGCCAACCUGAUGCAUUUACCUACGGGCCGAUUUUAAACAGAAUAUGCAAGUCCGGGAACACUGCCUUGGCCAUGGAUUUGCUGAAAAAGAUGGAAGGAAGAAAGAUCAAACUCAAUGAAACCAAUUACAAUAUCGUCAUUGAUAGUCUUUGCAAAGAUGGGAGCUUCGUCGAUGCACUCAACCUUUUCAAUGAAAUGGAAAUGAAAGGGAUCAAGGCAGAUGUUAUCACCUACACCUCUCUCAUAGGAGGACUUUGUAAAGCCGAUAGAUGGGAUGAUGGUGCACAGUUGUUGAGGGAUAUGAUCACUAGGAAAAUAACCCCCGACGUUUUCACUUUCAAUGCGCUGAUUGAUAGUUUUGUGAAAGAAGGAAAACUUGUAGAAGCUAAUGAAUUGUAUAAGGAGAUGGAUCAACGAGGUAUAUCUCCUGAUACCAUUACUUAUACUUCUUUGAUAAAUGGGUUUUGCAUGAAGAACCGCCUAGAUGAGGCCAACCAGAUGCUGGAUCUGAUGGUUAGCAAGGGAUGCGAUCCUAAUGUCGUGACUUAUAAUUCCCUUAUAAAUGCAUACUGUAAGGCCAACCGAGUUGACGAUGGUUUGGAACUCUUUCGCAAAAUGUCUCUGAGAGGAGUGGUUGCGGACACAGUCACUUAUAAUACUCUCAUCAAGGGGUUUUCUCAAUCGGGAAAAAUUAAUGUUGCCAAAGAACUCUUCCAAGAGAUGGUUUCUCGUGGUGUGCCACCCAGUAUUCUGACUUAUGGUAUUUUGUUGGAUGGUUUGUGUAACAAUGGAGAAGUGGAAAAGGCAUUGGAAAUACUUGGAAAAAUGCAGAAGAGUAAAAUGGAUCUUGGUAUUGCUAUCUACAAUAUCAUCCUUCACGGGAUGUGCAAUGCAAGUAAGGUCGAUGAUGCAUGGGAUUUAUUCUGUAACCUCCCUAUCAAAGGAUUGAAGCCUGAUGUCAGAACAUAUACUAUAAUGAUUGGAGGACUAUGUAAGAAAGGCUCAGUGUCCGAAGCGGAUCUGUUGUUUAAAAAAAUGAAAGAGGAUGAAUAUGCGCCAGAUGGUUGUACGUACAACAUUCUCAUUAGGGCACAUCUCCGAGAUGGUGACUUAGUCGCAUCGGCUAAACUUAUUGAAGAAAUGAAGAGUUGUGGGUUCUGUGCAGAUGUUUCCACCACAAAGAUGGUUGUUGACAUGCUAUCGAGUGGUGAUAUAGACAAAGGCUUUCUAGAUAUGCUUUCUUGAUCUGGUGGUUCUUUUUGAAGGAAAUCGUAGCUGCUUUGAAAUGGACCUCCUUGUGUUGCUAUGAUUUGUUGUUUUCUAGGCAUCAAAUAGCUUGAA